GUGUGACGUUAUGUUAUUUCAUGUUUUUGUUUCGCCGUAACGUCGCGUCGGAGGAUGCUGGGCGGCGUGGCGACGUGCCAAGCGAUACACGCCCCGCCUACGUCAUCACGUCGCGCUACGUAAGGCACGCGCUCCGGUUUGCUGGCGGAGAAGAUGGCGGCUCCUGGACCGGGGGAGUAUUUCAGCGUCGGGAGCCAUGUCUCUUGCCUCACCUGCCUGGGCCAGCGUCUGCAAGGGGAGGUGGUUGCGUUCGACUACCAGUCCAAGAUGUUGACUCUGAAAUGUGCUUCCUCCAGCGGCAAGCCCAACCUCAGCGACGUCAUCCUGAUCAACUUAGCCUACGUUUCCGAAGUGGACAUCAUCACUGACCGCACUGAGACUCCGCCCCCUCUAGCAUCGCUGAAUGUCAGCAAGCUUGCCAAUCGAGCAAAGACAGAAAAGGAGGACAAGCUGUCCCAAGCCUAUGCAAUCAGCGCUGGGGUGUCUGUUGAGGGCCAGCAGCUAUUCCAGACUAUUCACAAAACCAUCAAAGAGUGUAAAUGGCAGGAGAAGAACAUUAUCGUGAUGGACGACGUCGUCAUCUCACCGCCUUACCAGGUGGACAACUGCAAAGGCAAAGAGGGAAGCGCUUUAAGUCACGUACGCAAAAUAGUGGAGAAGCAUUUUAGAGACGUGGAAAGUCAGAAGUCCAUGCAGCGUUCACAAGCACAGCAAACACAGAAGGACUCCACUUUAUCUUCUUGAGGCGCCGCUGCGGGGAAGCCGGGCGGCGGCGGAGGAGGAGGAUAGGCGGGGGGCCUGGGGCGGGGGCCGGCGCCGCCGUUCCCGCUCCCACUGCCGCCGCCUAACCGAGUCGGCAUUCCUUGUUCUAAGCGCGGGCGUCAGCUACGAGGCGGAGCGCUGAGGUUCCUUCCUGGAUCAUUAAGAUGUUAAAAAGAAAAAAAAUACCAUUUAAUGAAAAAGAGGAAAAAAAGAGAGGAAAGAUGAAAUCUUAAAUUAGACUUUAUAAAGAAUAAUUUAAUCAUGAACCAUAAAUCCACCAUAGUUUCCUUAACUAACUUGACCCUGAUCCUCCCUCCCUCCCUCCUUCCCCCCUCCCCUUUCCUUCCCUCUCUUUUCCUUCAGUUCCAUUUCAAAAAAGACAAAAACUAACACAGUCAGAAAGGCAUGUUAGCUUUAUUUUCUGUCAUCUUUUUGUUUGUUUAUUUUUGUCUUCUUGGUUUAUUUCAGCCGUCACCCAUGUUCUACUGUCUGUAUUUUCUGUAUUUUAAAACGAAAUGUGACUUGAAACGCCACACUUUAAAGGACAUUUUCUAAAAUAAACGUAACAAAAAUUCUGACUGUA